AUGCAGAUCGCCAGCAUUCCGAUCGCGACCAUGACCGUUCGCGAGGAUAACAACGGCCAACUCACCUUCAUCGCUUCCGAUGACAUGUGGAAGAACAUUGGCAAACGCUUCGAAAAGCAAUCUCACCACGAAAUCGCCAGCGAUCUGUCCAGAAAGAUUCUCCUCAUUAAAACCCGUGAAUAG